AUGACGCAGUCGUUCGUUGAAAAGAACAGAGAUGGAGGAGCGGAGCGACGAAACGGUACGUAUGUGAUGACUAGGAAAAAGUGUAAUGCUAAUGGCAGAAUGUCAGAAAAAUUAGUGAAACGAGGAAGCAGCCAAAAUGACGAGACGGAAGGAAUGGCAUCGAAUCUUCAGCGUCGGCAUAGAUUAACUCGUAGUAUGAGACUGCUCAUUAUGCUUUUAAUGACGUUCGCUUUUUUCGUUGUCGAAUUAAUAUUUGGGUAUUUAUCACAUUCUAUGGCUCUUGUUGCUGAUUCCUUUCAUAUGUUGAGUGAUGUGAUGGCACUUGCAAUCGCGUUUGCUUGUUUAAGGAUUGCAUCUCGUUCGUCUAAGAAUAAUACUUUCGGCUGGGUGAGGGCUGAGGUACUUGGAGCUUUAGUGAAUGGUGUAUUUUUACUUGCUUUAUGUUUCUCAAUAUUUAUCGAAUCACUCACUCGACUUAUUGAACCAAGAGAAAUUACGCAACCACUCAAUGUACUUAUUGUGGGCAUAAUUGGUUUCAUUAUUAAUUUCAUCGGAAUUUUCAUGUUUCACAGUCAUGCUCAUGACCAUGGUGAUCAAGAUGUGAGUGUUCAGUUACAAACGCAACCAGGCAAGCGACAAACCCAUGUAACUAUUGAUGGAAAUGAAAGUCAGCAUUUAAUGUCCUCUCAUCAG